AUGGCCAGGGGGAAGGAGUCCAAGCAAGAGACCAAAAAGAAGAUCAACCAAAACCCAACCGUCGAGCCCUCUAAAGCACCCAGUACUGUAAUGCCAAUGAGGAGGGUGACUGAUAACACAACCAGCAACGUCCACUUUGUGACCCUAAGGCAGAACCCAAGCAGUGGGCCUGUUCCAAAGAAGCACGUGCCGUCCCCCACCAGGAAGGUGGAUCCUAGUAACAUCCCUCUGGUGUACACCAAACCGCCCCUGGGGUCUGCCCGUCCUGUCUCCAGAGGCAGGGCACAGGCCUCCAACCUCACAACCCCAGCUGCCACUGAUAGCUAUCAAAUCUUUGACCCCCUCGGACCCACUCCUUUUCCAUUUUUACUGGGAUAUCCAGGAGUGAAAGGGGAGAGAGGACCUCAGGGCCCACCAGGACUGCCGGGCUUACCAGGACCACCUGGCAAGAGAGGGUCUCGAGGUCCUCCAGGUCCCCAUGGAAACCCUGGCUUACCUGGCCCCCCCGGCCUGAAAGGUCAGAAAGGUGAUCCUGGGCUGUCGCCUGGCAAAGCUCGCAAUGGGCAGAAGGGAGAUGUGGGCUUACCCGGUUUGGCUGGGUUCCCUGGACCACCUGGUAGAAAGGGAUAUAAAGGCUACCCUGGACCGCCAGGUCAUCCUGGAGACCAGGGCGAACGAGGACCAGAUGGAAGUCCAGGAGCCAAAGGUUAUCCUGGCAGGCAGGGUUUACCUGGCCCCAUAGGGGAAGCUGGCCCAAAAGGCAGUCGGGGCUACAUUGGUCUCCCAGGACUAUUUGGGCUACCAGGGGCUGAUGGAGAACGAGGGAUCCCUGGAGUUCCUGGGAAGAAGGGCAAGAUGGGUAGGCCGGUAAAGUUUUUCCUCGUCUAUUAUGCAGACCUUGUUGAAUGAAACUGGAAACAAAAC